AUGAUCCAUGUGGACGAAACAGAUCCAGUAGGCGAGAUAGAGCCGCCCUUUUCCUACCGAGAUGUGACUAUCAAACGGAAUACGGACGUCAACGAGUUCUUCGAGAUGCUAUCGGAAAUCGGACGUGGCAAAUUCGGGACAGUUUACCUCUGCCGGGAGAAGAGCACAGGUCUCGAGCUAGCGGCGAAGCUGGUGUCAGUCAACAGACGUGACGAAAGGCGCAAUGUGGAGCGAGAAGUGGACGUGAUGCGACGGCUAAGGCAUCCGCGGCUCAUUCAGCUGUACGACGCCUAUGAAUGGGGGAAAUACAUGUGCGUCGUUCUCGAGCUCAUAACUGGUGGCGAGCUGUUUGAACGAGUGAUCGACGAGGAUUUCGUGCUAACGGAGCGCGCUUGCACCGUAUUCAUGCGGCAGAUAUGCGAAGGAAUCGAGUUCGUACACAGGCAGAACAUAUUGCAUCUUGACAUGAAGCCAGAAAACAUCUUAUGUCUUACAAAAUCGGGUAACAGAAUAAAAAUCAUCGAUUUUGGAUUAGCACGGUUCUACGACCCUGAGAAGAAACUACAAGUGCUAUUUGGAACACCCGAGUUCGUGGCGCCCGAAGUGGUUAACUUCGACCAGAUCGGGUACGGGACCGACAUGUGGUCAAUAGGCGUAAUAUGUUACGUGCUUUUGUCAGGACUGUCACCUUUCAUGGGCGAGACGGAUAUAGAAACCAUGGCGAACGUAACAGUUGCAAAAUACGAUUUUGAUGAUGAAGCCUUUAACGAAAUAUCUGAUGACGCCAAGGACUUCAUUCAGAAACUGCUUGUGAAGGACAAAGAGUCAAGACCGAGCGCCACGGAGUGCUUGCGCCACCGUUGGCUCGUCAAACGGACUCAAGUGAAGAGAGACAAACCCAGACCCCAACUGUCGCCGAAACAAGAACUCGACGUGGCAAAAGACAACCUACGCCUUUUCGUCGAGCGAUGGAGUGAACAUCCGAAUUCUCCAUACGUUUUCGACAAUCAGGCGCAUGAGAUCAUAUAUUUAUUUAAUGGAAAUUACGAAAGAUCAUCUAUGGGUGGCUGUUCACCGUCCCCCAGAAGUUCACUUAGCAGUUCACCAGAUAUAAUCUUUGAUGAGGACGAUCUCGAACCACCUCCUCUAAGAGAUCCAACGCCAUUAUCACAAAGAUAUAACCCCGUGGAAAGAAGAGCAUCAGACAGCAGCUGUUUCUUACACAAAAAGCAGGACGUACUCGUCAGAAAAAAUUUAGCUGAAGAAAUCAAGAAACUUUCAGAUCAUCUUUUCAUGUUGUCCACAAUGAGUACGGAUCUAGUAAACAAUAAUUGCUUCAAAGAAUUCGAUAAGAACAUUACAGAUACAAAAAACAUGUCGAAGGAGGAAAAGAAACUUCGGAAUGGAUUUAAAACCGAAUCAAGAACACCGAUCACUAAAACCACGAUAAAUGGGGACGCGACGAACGCAGAAAGAAAAGUUUUCACUUCAAAAUCAACAAAUAAAAUAAGUUCAGCAUUCCUCACAGAGAAGGAGCAGGAGAAACCGAUGACUAGCAAAAUGCCCUGGGCUAAAUCGCCCAGGUCAAAAAGACUAACGAAUAUGAGCCGAGAUGUACCAGACCAACCAAAAGACCGACACAGCACGUUCUUCGAAGAGUUUGACAAAAGACGGGAGAUGAUUGGAAAAUUAGUUAACGGCUCUGCAAUCGAAAGACAAGUUCCUUAUAAAAGAGGAGACGAAAAUAACGCUCACAGGACGAAAGACCGUCUAUUGCAUCUUCUUGGAAAAUGGGCGGAUACAGAAGUUGAAGGAGAAAGAACUGCAGGCGGCACUUCAAAUUGUGGAAGGCAUCAAUCGAUAUCACUGGAAUGGUCACCAUCAAAUCAACUAGCCCAAAAUUCAAUGUCAAGUCUUCACGCUUUCUUUCAAAGACAAACAUCUGAUGAGAAGAAGCAAAGGAAGAAAUGA